UCUCUCUCAAAAAAUGGCGCCAAAAGUAGUCAUGUUGAGAGAUGUUUUCUGUCGACUAAAAAUGAAAAGUGUUCUAUCUAUUGUAGGACCCAUUUUCAGAUGUAUUUGCUCUCUCUCUUUUUCUCCCUCAAAACCCUUUACCUUCUUCUAUUAUAUAUAUAAAUCCCAUUUCCCACUCUCCACUUCACGCCCCUUCUACACAUAAAUUCUUUAUAUAUAUCUCACUAGCUUUCUCAUUUUCCGCCGCUUUAUUUUUUGUUUUUUUUUUCCUUUUUCUUCUUCUUCUUCUACUACUUUCAAUGUACAUCUUUCUUUUAUUUCUCUCUCGAUUAUAUAGCUUCUACAAUCUACUACACCUCAUCAAUUCAUAGAUAUAGAGAGAGAGAAAGCAUUUAAACGUGUCUUUUUUUUUUUUUUUUGAAUUUCCUAAGCUUAACCAUAUAUAUAUAAUAUUCAUAUCUAUAAGGUAAGUAGAGUAGAGUAGAGUAGUUAUAUAGAUAGGAUGAAAGAUAUAAGUGGGAGUGGUGGAGGAGGUGGUAGAAAACAAGGGGCUCCUUCGCCUUGUGCAGCCUGCAAACUCCUCCGGCGAAGGUGUGCCCAGGAUUGUGUGUUUGCUCCUUAUUUUCCUGCUGACGAGCCUCAAAAAUUUGCCAAUGUGCACAAGGUUUUUGGUGCUAGUAAUGUCAACAAGAUGUUACAGGAGCUACCAGUCCAGCAUCGAGGUGAUGCAGUUAGUAGCAUGGUCUACGAAGCUAACGCCAGGGUGCGCGACCCAGUCUACGGCUGCGUUGGAGCCAUUUCUUCCCUCCAACAACAAAUUGAUGUGCUUCAGGCCCAAUUAGCACUGGCCCAAGCCGAAGUGGUUCACUUGCGGGUCCGGCAAAAUGCAUCCUUGUCGAGUCAUGGGCUGAGCCCAGCUAGCCCAAGCAAUAGUGGCUCACCUUCGCCCAAACUCAUGGGCUCUCAGCCCAAUAAGCCCAUUUUUGAAAUGGACAUGAGCGUAGACCAAGGCAGCUUUGGAGAGACAAUUUGGUGCUAAGACCAUUCAUGUAUUAGAAAUUAUAUAUUGUCUACCAUUGGUUAAACUUUACAUCUUAAAUCUUACUAUAUCUAUAUAUACAUUUGGGAGUAGAAGCACCACGUGAGGCGGUGAUGGCAGCGCACAGCGGCAGCGUAGAAGCGGUGGUGGAGGCCAUUCGCCCGCUUUAGUUUGGAAUUGUGUCAUUGAUGAACUAGGGUUAGUGUAAAUACAAUUUACUUUCUUAAAUGAGUCAAAGUAAUAUUAAUCACAAACUAAAUCUAGCCUACUGAUUAGAUUAUAUGGGUCUAGUAAGUUGUGAUCACCAUCUAUUGCAUGGAAUUUCGUUUAAUCCAAGUAAUUGUCUUUGUGUUGGAAGUUUGUUUUAAUGAUAUUUGGAGUUGAUUAUGCUACUACACUAGUAGUAGUAGUAGUAGUAGACUAGAGACAUAUAUUAAGGGUGUUA